UUCAGAAUCCUUUACUGAAAACAUUUUAAAAAGAGUAUUUAGUUGGAAAUAGCGUGAACAGUGUGGUCAAAGCAAACUUGACUUAGACUUCCUCUAGUUGAUGUGGGUAAACUUUUCCUCUGCUUGUAAGAACAGAAGUAGAGUUCAUUAGUCAAGUGUUUUAAUCAAGGCAACAGCAUGAAGAUCAUACAGCUGCAACUAUAUCUAUUUAUAUGCUGUCAAGCUGAAACAGAUCAACUGACAGAUUUGGGACAGAAUGUGACUAUAAACUGUGAUCUUGAUGAAGGAGGGAUUUAUUGGUUAUUACUGAAACUUCCAGAUCCUCCAGUGGUGAUAUUACGCACUUUGUCAAAUACCUUUUCAUGCUUCAAUAAAACAUUCAGACACAAAUAUUCAGUGCAAUCUCACCGUCAUCUGUUUAUAAAUAAUGUCACCAUUGAUGAAUUGGGAGUUUAUUACUGUAUGAAGAAAGAUUCAGUACCUCCUGAAUUCAGCAAUGGCACCAGACUCAAAUUCAUUGAAUCAACAACAGAGAUCACAUUAGUGUCGUGUACUCAACAGAAUCCGACAGAAGUGAAAGACAUUCAUCACAAUCAGACAUGGCAGACUCUAACACUCAUAUUUGCUCUGUUAACUGCUGUUCUGCUCAUUGUGCUCACAGAUCUGGAGAGCAAUCACAUCUUCAUAAUACCAGUCUACAACAGACACAAGUUAUAGAUUACAGGCAAUUACAGUUUACUGAGGUGAACUUUUCUCAGAUGCAUAAAAAAUAUUGAUCCAGUCGAGUCAGCAGCACAUAUACUGUUCUACAUCUGCCCAAAUAAUGUACACACGAGUAUGACCGACCUGAUGACCUCUCUUUUUAUCAUUUCUUUCACAAUGUCAUACUGGCAAUCUUGGCUCUUUGUUGUUGUUGUUGUUUUUUAAACAAUCUUUUAAUCUUAGUGAGUCACGUUUUUGAUUUUUUAUUAAUUUAGAAGAUUAAUUAAUCAAAAUGUUUCAAAAACAUCAGCUAAAUAUUUAAAUGUCUUUUGUCUCGUGAUCUUUGUACUGUAAAAUAUUUGAUCUCUUAAACAAGCAGUUGUUUGAUGACAAUGCUCUUAUUGUCCAUGUUUUCUGUAGAUGUACUAUAAAGACGCUUUACAUUCAGUAUUCUUCAUAUGGUAUA